UCUUGCCUUGAUGUUAUUCUUGAUUUCUUCUGCGCCCUGUGUUUUGCCUGUCAACACCUGUCUCCUUCACAGGAAGCACUGUCUGAUCCCCCACUGAAGUUCUGUGAGGCCAGGAGCAGCUGUGGAUAUCCAGACAGCUCAGGCAGACCAACGAGAUGAGUGGGGAUCAGGAACAGCCAGGACAGGCCCUAAUCUGGGUCAUCUGGAUCUUCGCAGCCAUCAUCAGGGGGUCUGUGACUGAAGAGCCACAUAGGUAUACCAGCCUGGGAUGGGUGCAGGGGAAGCAAGCUACCGUGCUGGGGAGACUCAACCCUGUGAAUGUGUUCCUUGGGAUCCCCUUUGCUGCACCCCCUCUCGGACCCCUGCGAUUUUCCAAUCCACAGCCUGCGAUCCCCUGGAAUGGUUUGCGAGAAGCCACUACCUAUCCGAAUUUGUGCUUUCAGAAUGCAGGAUGGCUCUUCACAUAUCAAAAAAUGCUCAAAGUGCAUUACCCUAAACUUGAAGUAUCAGAGGACUGCCUGUAUCUCAACAUUUAUGCACCAGCACAUGCCAAUGAUGGCUCCAGUCUCCCGGUCAUGGUAUGGGUACCAGGAGGUGGCUUUGAGACUGGCUCAGCCUCCAUCUUUGAUGGGUCUGCCCUGGCUGCUUAUGAAGAUGUGUUGAUUGUGACCAUCCAGUACCGUCUAGGAAUAUUUGGCUUCUUCACUACACAGGACCAGAAUGCCCCUGGGAACUGGGCCUUCCAUGACCAGCUGGCUGCCUUGCUGUGGGUCAAGGAGAACAUCAAGUUCUUCGGUGGAAAUCCUGACUCCGUAACCAUCUUUGGUGGUUCAGCAGGAGCCAUAAGCAUUUCUAGCCUUGUUCUAUCUCCUUUGAGCAAUGGCUUGUUCCACAGAGCCAUCAUGGAGAGUGGGGUGGCCAUCAUCCCCAGCCUGAAGAGCCUUGACUCUGAAGUGAGCCACGAUUUGCAGGUGGUUGCAGAUGUCUGUGGUUGCGAUGCAUCAGACUCUCAGGCUUUGCUGAAGUGCCUGAGAGAAAAGUCUUCCCUGGAGUUGCUGAUCCUUGGCCAGAAAACAAAGUCGUUCACUCGAGUGGUCGAUGGUUCUUUCUUUCCUCAAGAACCGCUAGAACUAUUGUCUCAAAAGGCAUUUAAGGCAGUUCCCUCUAUCAUUGGCGUCAAUAACCAGGAGUGUGGCUACAUACUGCCCAUGAGGGACAUCCCUGAGAUUCUCCUCGGCUCCAACCAGUCCGUUGCUCUCAACUUGAUACACGUUUUCCUGCAUAUCCCCACCCAGUAUUUGCAUGUUGUGGCUAAGGAGUACUUCCAAGACAGGCAUUCCUUGACUGACAUCCGAGACACUUUACUGGACUUGUUUGGAGAUGUAUUCUUUACGGUCCCUGCGCUGGUCACAGCUCGGUAUCACAGAGAUGCUGGUGGACCUGUGUAUUUUUAUGAGUUUCAGCACCGGCCCCAGUGCUUUGAAAACAUAAGGCCAGCCUUUGUGAAGGCUGACCACACAGAUGAAAUCCGCUUUGUCUUCGGCGGUCCUUUCCUGGAGGGUGACAUUGCCCUUUUUCCGGAAGCCACUGAAGAGGAGAAGUCUCUAAGCAAGAAGAUGAUGAAGUACUGGGCUAACUUUGCCAGGAGCGGAGAUCCUAAUGGGGAUGGCCUGCCUCUGUGGCCAGUCUAUGACCAGGAUGAGCAGUACCUGAUGCUGGAUUUGAACAUUAGCGUUGGACGGAGACUGAAGGACCAGAGAGUGGAGUUUUGGACAGAUACCCUCCCCCUGAUCAUGUCUGCUUCUGCAGCACUGCUCAGCCCCGCUUCCUCCUUAAUCCUCUUUUCUCUAUCUUUACCUUACCUUUUUUUCUCUGUUGCUCCUUAGAAGUAAUCAUUGUGUGGGUCUGAUUUCCCUCCUUCUUCUAAGUUUUUCUCCCUCAACCAUUAUCUUCAUUCCCAGGUUAGCUGCAUUCUGGGGGGAUUUCUGUGCACUAAUCUGCUUUAGCUGGAGUUUUAUGGGCUUAGGGAUGAACCUCAUGAAAUUCUUUUCAAUAUCAAAAAAUUCAAUUUGUCUUGGAAGGUAAUGAGGUUUUCUCAAUGACUGUAGAGAGGGCUGGGCCAUUACUUGUCACAUAAUAAUCCCAUUACUCAUAUGAAGUAAAAUUAGAAUGCAAAACAUAUGCAGAGAACGCAAUUUAAUUUGAGCUCACAAAUCCUCUCCCACCCCCAGCACUCACAAUACAGAUGUUG